GUCAUUAUUUAUUUAUUUUAUUUAUUCAGAUUUAUUUACUGUUCUCCAUGAAGCUCAGGUAGCUAUUGGUCAUGGUGGAAGAGAUCGAAUGUUAAAAGAGCUAGAUAUUAAGUACAAAAAUGUUACACGUCAUGAUGUUGAGCUAUACAUUAGUUUGUGUGAGCCAUGUCAGAAGAAACAAAAGGGUUCGAAAAGAGGAGUGGUAGUAAAGCCCCUGAUUUCAUCAGAAUUUAAUUCUCGUUGUCAAGUAGAUUUAAUUGAUUUCCAGUCACAGCCCGACAGGGAGUUUAAGUUCAUAAUGGUCUAUCAGGAUCAUUUGACAAAAUUUGUGAUUCUUAAGCCUCUCAAAACUAAAACCGCUGAGGAAGUAGCAUAUCACCUAGUUGAUAUUUUUACUCUCAUUGGAGCACCAAGUAUAUUGCAGUCAGACAAUGGAAGGGAGUUUGCAAACAAAAUAAUUUACAAUUUAAAAGAUUAUUGGCCUACGUUAAAAAUCGUUCAUGGCAAACCACAUCAUUCUCAAAGUCAGGGUAGUGUAGAACUUGCAAACCAAGAUAUUGAAAACAUGAUUUCGACUUGGAUGCAAGAUGAAAAAACUGACCGUUGGAGUGAGGGAUUGAGAUUUGUGCAACUUAUGAAAAAUAGAGCUUUACAUUCAGGAAUCAAAAGAACGCCCUAUGAGGCUCUCUUCGGCUGUAAAGUAAAGGUCGGUCUUACAACAUCUUCUCUGCCUCGAGACAUUUUGGAUUCCAUUAACAGCGAAGAAGAUUUGGAAAGAGUGGUUAAUAACAUGCACACAACAGAAACACAAACAAUGUCAAGUCUAGAACCUCCACUCCAAACCAAUCAUAACACUUCAGAAGUUAAUGAGGCAACCGUUGAUGUCUCGGUCAGUUCUAGCCUUCUACAAAUGUGUAGCGUUUGUUUGCAGCAAACUAAUGAGAAACAAAACUGCACAAAAUGUUUAGCGGACAUACAUAUUUCAUGUGGCCAUUCAAUUCAGGGGUGUGAUGAUACUGAAAAAACCCUGUUGUGUGUCCCUUGUUUUAAUUCGGAAAAUAUUGAUAAAGAGAGGAAGAGGUGAAAAGCUUGUCUUGAAAAACAAGCUAAGAAAAUGAAAGCUAAUUCCGAUAAAAAGUUUCCCCCCGUCACCAAAGGAGUCACUGUUCGUGUUCCAAUUCCUGACGUUGACAAAGGAAGAGGUGACUUGAGAAAUAUUCUGGCAGUGGUCAUGGAUACGACAGAAGAUGGGUUUUACAAAUUAGGGACCGCCAACAGAGUUUUGAAACAACUGUACGCAAGGUCACAGUUUACAGUUUGCCAAAAAAGCCUAGUUCGAGUAGAAGACGUGCCUGAUCAAGAAACAGGACUUCGUACCGUUGCAACAGCUCAGUCAACAGGAAGCGGC